UUUCCGAGGGUUUGUUUGAAAACAAGAACGGCUCGAUGCCUARAAAGAGUCCCUCGAAUAUUAAUUUUGUAUUUGAAAGUAAGUCAGAGUCARGGGAAGUAUGAGUGGCUCCUGAUUUUAUUGUAAUAUUAUCGCGAUUGGAAAGUAUUCGAUAGCGACGCCAUGCUUGAAUGAAAAUAUCACUACGGGCGCAUCUACACAGCCUGGGAACUUGAAGUUGAAUUAUCCCGGAWCAUUCGCACUGUGUAUUUCAAGAUGGUAAUUGUUACUAAAGGGGAGCAUGUGUGGCUGGAUCUCACAUCAGGAGGAGAGUUUGAUGUACCUAUUGGAGGACUUGUUAAAAUGGCUGACACAGGUCAAAUACAAGUAGUUGAUGAUGARGGCAAAGAGCACUGGAUCAAAGCAUCUAUGCAUAAAAAACUGAAAGUAAUGCAUCCAUCAAGUGUUGGCGGUGUUGAUGACAUGAUCCAGCUUGGUGACCUCAAUGAGGCUGGGAUGCUUCAUAAUCUCUACACUCGUUAUUAUCAUGACCAAAUUUAUACAUAUACUGGCUCCAUCUUAGUUGCUGUCAAUCCUUAUCAACUGUAUCCAAUAUAUGAUGCUGAGUAUAUCAAAAAAUACCAAAAUAGAAAACUAGGGGAGCUUCCACCACAUAUAUUUGCCAUUGCUGAUAAUGCAUAUAACUUCAUGAAACGAGAACAACAUGACCAGUGUGUAAUUAUAAGUGGAGAGAGUGGUGCUGGAAAAACUGAAUCAACAAAGCUCAUACUUCAGUACUUGGCAGCUGUCAGUGGCAGGCAUUCUUGGAUAGAACAGCAAAUUCUUGAAGCAAAUCCUAUUUUAGAAGCUUUUGGAAAUGCUAAGACAAUAAGAAAUGACAAUUCUAGUAGAUUUGGCAAGUAUAUCGACGUUCAUUUUGAGAAAUCUGGAGCUAUUGAAGGCGCAAAGAUUGAACAGUAUCUUCUGGAGAAAUCACGAAUUGUCAAUCAGAUGAGGGAUGAGCGGAAUUACCAUAUUUUCUACAGAAUGCUGGCUGGUAUGUCAGACCAAGAAAAGAAGUCCUUGCACCUGACAGAGGCAUCUGACUAUUACUACCUAACGCAGGGCAGCUGUAUAACAUGUGAUGGCAUGGAUGAUGCUGAAGAAUUUCUUAUUAUCAAAGCUGCUAUGAAGGUCCUACUGUUCACCAGCUCAGAGGCCGAUGCCAUCUUCAAACUUUUAGCUGCAAUUUUACAUAUUGGAAAUCUUGAGUUCGAAGGUAUGAUCAAGAGUACUGUAGAAGGCUGCGAUAUUAGUGAUGAGGAAAUAGGAAGAACCGUGUCCAAUCUACUCGAGGUUCCAUACAGUCUUUUGAACGAUGCUUUCACCAGCAAGUCCACCUUCGCUCACGGAGAGAUGAUCUUCUCUCCUAUUUCUGUCGAGAAAGCCAAAGAURUCCGUGACGCAUUUGUUAAGGGCAUUUAUGGUAGAAUCUUCAUAUGGAUUGUAAAUAAGAUCAAUAAAGCAAUCUUUCAACCAAAGGAAAAUCCCAACGCCAUACGAAUGUGCUUUGGUGUUCUUGAUAUAUUUGGCUUUGAAAACUUYGACCACAACAGUUUUGAGCAGCUUUGUAUUAACUACGCCAAUGAAAACCUCCAGCAGUUUUUUGUUCGACACAUCUUUAAAUUAGAACAGGAAGAGUACGACAAAGAGCAUAUCAAGUGGCAGCACAUUUCGUUCAUCGAUAAUCAAAAUAUUUUAGAUUUACUGGCACAAAAGUCCAUGAACGUAGUCGCCAUUGUUAACGAAGAAAGCAGAUUUCCAAGGGGAACCGAUGUAACAUUUCUGCAAAAACUCCAGUCAAAUCACAAGAAGAAUGGCCUCUACGUUCCUCCCAAGAAUAAUACGGACAGAGUGUUUGGAAUCAAACACUUUGCUGGGACGGUAUUCUAUGAUUCAAAAGGUUUCCUUGAAAAGAACCGCGAUACCUUUAGUGCCGAUCUGGUUAAUCUUAUUGGCAAAAGCAAAUCUCCGUUUCUGUUGGAAAUAUUCGCAAAAGAACGGUCCAUGGGUGAUGAAACUCGUAAGAGAGCUCCUACACUGGGAGAGCAGUUCAAGAGAUCUUUAGACAUGUUAAUGAAGACUCUUUCGGCUUGUCAUCCGUUCUUUGUUCGGUGUAUCAAACCGAAUGACUACAAGAAACCAAUGAUGUUUGAUCGAGUCUUGUGUUGCCGACAACUUCGUUACUCUGGUAUGAUGGAAACAAUAAGAAUUCGUAAAGCUGGCUAUCCCAUCCGCCAUACAUUCAAGGAAUUCAUGAACAGAUAUUACAUGCUUGGUAAAGGCAGUCCACCAAGCUCAAUUGAUUUCGAAGGGUUGAAGAGAGCCACAGACGAAAUWGCAAGGGCGUUGCUUGGCAAAAGCGACUGGCAGAUCGGCAAAAACAAAAUCUUCCUCAAGGACGCCCAAGAUCAUGAACUAGAAGACCAACGAGACAGACUUCUUACUCAGCGAGCAGUGCUUAUCCAGAGAGUCGUGCGUGGAUUCUUGACAAAGAAGCGUUUCGUUAAGCAGAAACAAGGAGCCUUAUUAAUACAGCGAGUAUGGCGYGGGCAUCAUGCAAGGGCCAAGUACCUGAAGAUUAGAAAUGGCUACGCUCGUCUACAGGCUGUCUACCGCGCCAAAGUUACUUCUGCCAAGUACCGUGCUCUUCGUGAUCGUGUGCGUGUCUUCCAAGCCUACUGUCGUGGCUUCCUAGCUCGGAAAGACUUCAACGAACGCAUGCGCAGUAUCGUCAAGAUUCAAUCAGGCAUGCGCAAAGUUUUGGCUAAAAAGACCGUUGAUCGUCUGAGAGUUGAAAAAGCUAAACGAGAAGAAGCAGAAAGACUACACAAAUUAGAAGAAAAGAGAUUGAGCAAAGCCCAGGCAGAGAGGUUGCAUAAGGAAAGAUUGGCUAAAAUUGAGCAAGAAGAAAGAGAAGAAAUCGAGAAACAUAAGAUAGAGGCUGAGAAAAAGAAACAUGAAAUUGAACUUGCUGAGAAAAAAGCAAGAGAAAGGAGAGAAGAAGACGUCGAUGACGAAAGAAUGGUUGAUGAAAUGUUUGGCUUUCUUCCUGAGGACAAACCGACUACACCUGAAUCUUCGAUGACUCCAAGUGCAUUCAAAGGUGAUGAAACUCGUAAGAGAGCUCCUACACUGGGAGAGCAGUUCAAGAGAUCUUUAGACAUGUUAAUGAAGACUCUUUCGGCUUGUCAUCCGUUCUUUGUUCGGUGUAUCAAACCGAAUGACUACAAGAAACCAAUGAUGUUUGAUCGAGUCUUGUGUUGCCGACAACUUCGUUACUCUGGUAUGAUGGAAACAAUAAGAAUUCGUAAAGCUGGCUAUCCCAUCCGCCAUACAUUCAAGGAAUUCAUGAACAGAUAUUACAUGCUUGGUAAAGGCAGUCCACCAAGCUCAAUUGAUUUCGAAGGGUUGAAGAGAGCCACAGACGAAAUWGCAAGGGCGUUGCUUGGCAAAAGCGACUGGCAGAUCGGCAAAAACAAAAUCUUCCUCAAGGACGCCCAAGAUCAUGAACUAGAAGACCAACGAGACAGACUUCUUACUCAGCGAGCAGUGCUUAUCCAGAGAGUCGUGCGUGGAUUCUUGACAAAGAAGCGUUUCGUUAAGCAGAAACAAGGAGCCUUAUUAAUACAGCGAGUAUGGCGYGGGCAUCAUGCAAGGGCCAAGUACCUGAAGAUUAGAAAUGGCUACGCUCGUCUACAGGCUGUCUACCGCGCCAAAGUUACUUCUGCCAAGUACCGUGCUCUUCGUGAUCGUGUGCGUGUCUUCCAAGCCUACUGUCGUGGCUUCCUAGCUCGGAAAGACUUCAACGAACGCAUGCGCAGUAUCGUCAAGAUUCAAUCAGGCAUGCGCAAAGUUUUGGCUAAAAAGACCGUUGAUCGUCUGAGAGUUGAAAAAGCUAAACGAGAAGAAGCAGAAAGACUACACAAAUUAGAAGAAAAGAGAUUGAGCAAAGCCCAGGCAGAGAGGUUGCAUAAGGAAAGAUUGGCUAAAAUUGAGCAAGAAGAAAGAGAAGAAAUCGAGAAACAUAAGAUAGAGGCUGAGAAAAAGAAACAUGAAAUUGAACUUGCUGAGAAAAAAGCAAGAGAAAGGAGAGAAGAAGACGUCGAUGACGAAAGAAUGUUCACGAUGAAAUCAGCCAAACGAGCCGUGUAUCGUAAAAGGAAUAAGUCCAGACCCGAGGCGUUAUCUUAUCCUUGGGAAACUCAAAGUACGAAUCAGUUUGAUCAUAGACUUMUCGUUCAAACAAGAGAAUCAAACCUUUCCGGGAACAAUCCGAGUAAAGAGGCUUACAUCGACGAACGUAGAGUCAUUGAAGAGCAUGUCGGUGUGCUUCAGGAAAAAACGGUUUUUCGGGAAAAUCCAUGUUAUGUGGUGGCAAUGGUUGAUGAAAUGUUUGGCUUUCUUCCUGAGGACAAACCGACUACACCUGAAUCUUCGAUGACUCCAAGUGCAUUCAAAGACUUGGGUGAACAGCAACAGCCAAUGAUCUCAACAGAAGACCAAAGUGUCUCCAGAGCGAGAAGAGAGCCCGAGGAAGACGUCUCCGAAUACAAGUUCUCAAAAUUUGCAGCAACUUACUUUCAAGGCGGGUCUAACCAUUCUUACAUCAGGAAACCGCUGAAGCAGUCUUUGCUUUCACUGAACUCUGARGCCGACAGUAUGGCCUCCCUAGCUGUGUGGAUUACGAUUCUUCGUUUCAUGGGCGAUUUACCAGAACCUAAGUAUAUUACGUCACACGUUGACUCAAAGGAUAAUGCAUCAGUCAUGAGCAGACUCUAUGACACACUGGGAAAGAAGUUUGUCAGCAAGAAAGGUGUUGAGGGAGUAGACGAUUUCCAGGCACAAAAUGCUUCUACCAUAUCCCGUGAACGUGAUACUAUAAGAAAAAGGAUUGUCUCUUUAACAUUAAAAAGGAAAUCAAAAAUUACUAAAGACGUAGCUGCUAAACUGCGAGAGGCUGAAGAAAGUGGUACCAUCACGAGUGGUUAUGGACCAUUGUCUGCUCAAGACCGUCCCACCACUAACCUAGAGAAACUCCAUUUCAUUAUUGGUCACGGUAUCCUCCGGCCAGGAUUGCGUGACGAGAUAUAUUGCCAAAUUUGUAAGCAGCUGAAUCAGAACCCRUCUAAGACAAGUUAUGCUCGAGGAUGGAUAUUGCUGUCUCUGUGCUUGGGUUGUUUUGCACCGUCUGACAGGUUUGAGAAGUACCUGAAAUGCUUUAUUAGCGAAGGACCCCCAGGCUACGCUCCGUACUGUGAGGAACGCCUUAGAAGAACACAGCAAAAUGGAUGCAGACAUCAACCUCCCAGUUGGCUUGAGUUACAGGCAACAAAGUCAAAGAAACCUUUAAUGUUACCUAUAACGUUCAUGGAUGGUAGGACCAAGACUCUUCUUGCUGACUCAGCCACCACGGCCAGAGAACUUUGCACACAGUUAGCAGAUAAAAUAUCACUCAUGGAUAACUUUGGUUUCUCGCUCUACAUUGCCCUUUUUGACAAGGUAUCGAGUCUUGGGAGUGGCAGUGAUCACGUGAUGGAUGCGAUUUCUCAAUGUGAACAGUACGCGAAAGAACAGGGAGCYCAAGAACGGAAUGCUCCAUGGAGAUUGUUCUUUCGCAAAGAGAUAUUCUCUCCUUGGCAUGAUCCAUCUUUGGAUAAGAGCGGUACAGACCUUAUCUACCAACAAGUCAUCAGAGGAAUAAAGUUUGGAGAGUACCGAUGCGAUAGGGACGAAGACCUUGCUGACAUAGCAGCCAAGCAGUAUUAUGUAGAAUAUGGACGGGAGAUGAUCACGGAUCGGUUAUUAGACCUUCUGCCAACUUACUUACCCGAGCCUUUACUGCAAACUGGCCGUGGAGCACUGGAACACUGGCAAACUCUAAUAACGAGCGCACAUCGCAAGGGAUAUUACAAUCUUCAAAGAACCGAUCCACAAGUCGUCAAACAAGAUGUGGUAAACUACGCGAGGUUCAAAUGGCCAUUACUAUUCUCUAGAUUUUAUGAAGCAUAUCAGUUCUCAGGCCCUAGUCUACCUAAAAAUGAUGUCAUCAUUGCAGUCAAUUGGACGGGUGUCUACGUUGUUGACGAUCAAGAACACGUGUUACUGGACUUGCAGUUUCCGGAUAUUGCUGGACUCAGCCACAAUCACGGAACAACUCGGCUUGAAGGCUCAAGCUUUACAGUUUCGACCAUCAAAGGAGACGAGUACACUUUUACCUCUGCUAGCGCUGAAGACAUCUGCGAACUUGUCCAGUUUUUCUGGGAUGGUUUACGUAAGAGGUCUAAGUUUGUCAUUGCUAUAAUAGACUAUCAAAGUCCAGGUGAAGGCUCAUCGUUUUUAAGCUUUAAGAAAGGCGAUCUUAUUAUUCUGGAGAACGACACAGGAGAAACAGUUCUCAAUUCAGGAUGGUGUACUGGUAUUUGCGAACGAACUGGUCUAAUGGGAGACUUUCCUGCUGAAUGUGUUCAUGUACUGCCAGCCACCGUUAAACCUGGACACGAAACAUUGUUGACAUUCAGUGAUCAAAGUCUCGAAAGCUCAGAGAAAAUCAUUGCGACAACGAAAACAGCCAUUCAUGAAGAGCAGGAGGUCUUUGAUAAACCGUACACCUUGGAGACAUUUUCCAUCGACCACUUCAUGCCUCCCGCAAAGAGAACACUGAGCAAAACGCUACAGUCGCAAUCCAAGAGAAAAGAUAAAUACAUCUCCUGGUCUUUCGCAAAGGAUCCAAUAAAGCAACCAUUGCUCAAGAGAUUGGCUGGUCAAGAAGAACUUUCCCAGAAGGCAACGCAAAUCUUCUUGGCUAUUAUGAAGUACAUGGGUGACUAUCCAUCAAAACGAACMAGACAAGCUACCGAACUCACAGACGCCAUACUUGAGCCAGCUCUGCAGCACGAGCCUCUUCGUGAUGAAGUAUACUGCCAGUUAAUUAAGCAGAUAACGGACAACCGAUUACCGUCAAGCUCCGAAAAAGGCUGGGAGCUGCUUUGGCUUUGCACCGGAGUCUUUGCUUGCAGUGCUCUUCUUCUUCGUGACGUCAAUCAAGUAUUCAAGUCGUGGAGAAUACGACAGCCACUGGCUCAAGAUUGUCUAAUGCGCCUCCAAAAGACAAUUAGAGUUGGUCAGCGGAAAUAUCCUCCUCAUCUUGUCGAAGUUGAGGCCAUACAGCACAAGACAACUCAAAUCUUUCAUAAAGUAUACUUCCCUGAUGACAGUGAUCAGGCGUUUGAAGUUGAUUCAAGUACGAAAGCAAGAGAAUUUUGUUCAAUAGUUGCUCAGCGUCUAGGACUGAAGGUUUCUGAAGGUUUUAGUUUGUUCGUGAAAAUCACUGAUAAAGUCAUAAGCGUUCCUGAGGGAGAUUUCUUUUUCGAUUUUGUGAGACAYCUAACGGAAUGGUUGAAGAAAGCAAAGCCAACCAGAGAAGGACAAAUGCCAAACCUGACUUAUCAAGUGUUCUUUAUGAAGAAGCUUUGGAUAAACACAGUGGUAGGCAAAGAUCAUGUAGCAGAUUGCAUCUUCCAUUAUCAUCAGGAGCUUCCGAAGUACUUGCGAGGCUACCACAAAUGUACAAAAGAUGAAGCAGCACAGCUUGCUGGACUCGUUUACAGAGUUAAACAUGGCGAAGAUAAACGCGAAUUUCAAAAUAUCCCGAAAAGGCUGAAUGAGCUUGUCAGUCAUGAUCUGAUCAAAGAGCAGUCUCCCGAUGACUGGAAGAGGAAAAUUGUUGCAGCUUUCAACAAAUACACCGGCAAAAGCAAAAUAGAAGCGAAAAUCUCCUUCUUGAAGAUAAUUCAAAGAUGGCCGACGUUUGGGUCAGCAUUCUUCGAAGUCAAGCAAACAACGGAGCCAAAUUUUCCACAAACUUUGAUAAUCGCCGUUAACAAAAAUGGAGUCAAUCUAAUUGACCCUAAAAACAAGGAAAUCCUUGCCACCUAUCCAUUUACAAAAAUUUCGAAUUGGAGCAGCGGUAAUACGUAUUUUCAUAUGACCAUUGGUAACGUCGUGCGAGGAAGCAGAUUCCUAUGCGAAACACAAUUGGGUUAUAAAAUGGACGACUUAUUAACUUCCUACAUCUCCCUAGUCCUCUCCAACAUGAACAAACAACGCAGACCACCAACACUACGGGCGGUUAGAAACAGCAUUAACAAUUAAUCAGCAAUAACAGUGUUCAACACUAGAGUCAUUUAUUUAAUGCUUAACAAUAUUUAUUAUAACGUAAAGCAAACUACUUUAAAUGCAACUUCUGUGUGUAAUUUUAUGAAUGAGAUGUAGCGAUAAUGAGCAACUGGAAAAAAGACUUAAAAUUCAUGAAAUAUUUUCUUGCAUACAUGUCAGUUUUUUACACUCUUAACUGUUCUAGCAGUGUUGCAUUUUAGAAUAAAAAAAGCGAUCUAACUUCUGCAUUACGUUGUAGAGUUACAUGCUGUAUACACCCUUUUAAUAAGUCCCGAGGUAUUGUGUUUUCCSCACUUGAYGUCGAAUUUUUUCWUUUGAAAUUUUUACAAUACAAAAGGAAUUCAAAAGAAUAAAUUUGACGUCAAGUGCGGAGAACACAAUAACUCAGGACUUAUUAAAAGGGCGUAUAGAGUCAAAACGUCGACGAAAUUAGAAACGUUGUUGAAAUAAUAAAAAGUGUAUACGUUAUUUAUUAUGACUAGUAUGUUAAGGAGGUUUUGGCUAUUGUCAGUUUGGAGCUGGGGCAAACUGCCUUACACUUUUUCAAACAAGAUUGUAUUCGAAUAAUCGGAGAAAUCUUGCAUAGCUUAUCGAAAUGGGCCGGAAAUCAGCUUUCUUUGAAUUUCUUUAUUCUGUCAUAAAACUGCUGCCAGUAAAUUAAAGAUAAAUAGAAACUUUA